CACAUCCGGCGGGGGAGGGCUGACAGCCGAGAGGGCGACGCAGGAGAGCGGGGCGUCGAGUGAUUGGCUGCAGCCCGGCGCGUGGCCGCGGAAGGAGCGCGCUCUGAUUGGCGGAGCGCGGUCCCGUGACCGGGAAGGCGCUGAGGCGGGGCCGCACCCGGGAGCGGCCUCAGCGCUGAGGGGCCGCGGGCUCCGGUUCCUCCGCCGGCUCCGGUUCCUCCGCGGCCUUCCGGGGCCUUUCCCAGCGGCCGGGACAAAACUCUGUGGCCCUUAGUGGAUUAAUUAUCGUCCGUAAGGCCUCCGAGCUGCCCCAUGGGGUCCCCGGUGCGGGCGGGGUCCCGGUGUGGGGACUCAGGCCCCAUUUUUGGUGAGGUGGCUCCGGAGAUCAUUGAGGAUACGCUGAUCCAUUUGGCCACGGAAAACGAGCAGUACCUGAGCGAGCUGUCGGAUCAGGCUGGGUGCUUCAAAGAGGCACAGAUAGUGGAAUUUAUAUUCCUUUUGUCUGAAAAAUGGCACUUGGACCAAUCAGUGAGGUACCAAGCGGUGGAGUUGCUCGAAAGGUUUAUGAUGAAGCAAAUAGAACAAAUCUCCUCUGGAGGGAAGGUUAAAAGUCGUGACCAAGGACACGGCAGCAGCUGCCGCUCUCUGCAGGAUCAGAUCCACGACACCUUUGUCCUGCGGCUCGUGUCGUGCGUUCAGCUCGCCAGCAAACUUUCCUUACACUACAAUGUAGUAAACAGUGACACCGCUUUGGAAUUUCUGCAGUCCCUAAAGUACUCGUACACUAAGCAGGAACUGCUGGAGUCGGAGCUUGCGGUUUUGAAAACUCUGCGCUUCCAGAUCAACGUGUCGACCCCUUUGGCUUACGUGGAAUUGCUCCUGGAGGUUUUAGGACACAACGGCUGUUUGCUGCCUGCACAACCUUUGCAUUUCAUGUGUAUCCAGCUGCUGGACUUCUCCUACCUCAUGAGAGACACCAUCUACGACACGCUGUUGAAGGUCGCCAUCGAAAAUCCGACACCAAACAAGCUGCAGGUAUCCAAGUUUUUGACAGUGAAGGAAGAUUCCAUGCUCUUGGCUGUUGGAAUCAUCAGCACGAGUGUGUUCGUACUCCACCCCGGGCACUGGAAGCAGGUUGUGGAGCAUUUAAACUCUAUCACUGGCAUAACUUCGCAAAGUAUCCUAGAAUUUUCUUACGCGGUGCUGACGCACAUCCUCGGCGGCACCACUCCGAGGCAGCGCCACGGGAUCCACGGGACAAGAGCUCCAGAGAACAGAAUUUUGCGUCUUAAAUAGAAUAUCUUCAACAGCCAGGCUUGUGUGGCAGCAGCAAACCGUUACGCUGCUGCUAACGGUCCCUUUUCCCUGAUUCUGCACAACUUGGGUUCACUUUUGGUUUCCAACACCAGGCAUUCCGCGAUAUUUCACGUUAGGUGUUAAUUAGAAAAGCUCGUCCUUUCGGGAUGCUAAAUGAAAGCAAUUUUUGUGUAGAAUAGUGUUUUUAUUAUUUACUCUGUGCAGCUCAGUGCAAGAACAGGCUGCAGGAAGCAUUACAGAGUUAACAUCAUAGUAGCGAACAGGAUGUUAAACAGUGUCAAACCUCCUUAAGUUCGGGGCACAAAGAAGUGCUGAUGUGACUUAGAAAAGAUUUUAUUUCAAACCGUCUUUAAUGAGAAGCAGAACUCCCGUGAGUUAUUCCACGUUAUUCCCCGCGUUUGUCACGUUUUGCUUUUCUAACCUGUGUUUUAAGGUGUAACAGAACCAAAGUACUGGUGGUUUAGGUUCAACAGCAGUUUAUACGCAUCUAUAAACCCCAAAAGUACCAGUUCAGCAUCUAUUCAAUAGCUGAUUCUUUUUAAUUAUUCUGUUCAGCUCAAUGAUAUAACUUUACAUAUUGCUUUUCUAUACACUACUUGUAAUAACGGUAUUUGAAAUAAAGUGUCUUGUGGAUUUUUGGUAUUGUAAA